AUGGUUGCGCGGCUGGGGCGCAACCGUAUCGUGCUGCAGCAUCAUGCACGUCCCCUUUGUUUUCAGUUUGAUAAGGAUAACUUAAUCGAAACGAUUUCGACAGCUCGUAGUUCAACUUCAACAGUCUAUCCCUCCACCGACUCCAACAGCGCACUAUUCGAUGGCUUGAACCUCAUUCUACAGUACAAUCCUAGCUAUGCAUCGCAAACCCUCCUCGCCAAUGGCGCCCCCUUCAUGGUCUCCGCCCCCGGAAAAGUCAUCGUCUUCGGUGAACACGCGGCCGUGUAUGGCAAGCCCGCCAUCGCAGCCGCCAUAUCAUUCCGCUCCUACCUUCUCGUCACCACGCUUUGA